AUGACGGCGAUCAAUGAUGACGUCGACAUCGCCGUGUCUUUCGUCACGCGCCUGCCGGAGCGGUAUCGCGUGAGCGAGAGCGCGAUCGAGGUCCCGGGUCGCCUGACGCGAUACGGCUUGAGCGAGGUCGUGAAUCACUUGCUCGGGAACGAAAAGCCGACACCGUUUGAUUUCUUGAUCGAUGGCGCUCUGCUCAGGACGUCUUUGGCGAAGCUGGCGCUGCGCUUGGGGAAGAGCGCGGAGGCGACGCUGUGUGAGUACGUGCCGGCGCUGCAGCCGCCGAAGGCGGCGGAGUCAGCCACGUGCGAGGAGUGGAUCAGCUCGAUCGACGGUAGUUGGGCGCCGGCGAUCGUGACUGGUUCGUUCGACGGGAAAGCGUACGUGUGGUCGCCAAAGGGUAAGCUCAUGUGUGAGCUCGACGGUCACUGCGAACGAGUGUGCGCGGUGAGUCUGGCGCCGCCAGCGGGAGAUGCGGAGAACUCGUGCGUCGUGAUCUCGGCGUCUGCAGACGGCUCCGUGCGCGCGCACGAACUCACUGUGACAGGAACGAAGUGUGAUAUCGGUGAAGUGCGCGUGUUUAAGGGUCACGAAUCAACGGUCCUAGACGUUGCGAGCGCGAUUGGGACGAGACUCUUUGCCUCGAGCUCCGUCGACGGUACGGCUCGUAUUUGGAGGCUUGAGGGAGGCGAGCUUGCGACCGAAAAGCCGACGAAAAAGCGCAAGAAGCCCUCGAAAAUGACUGGUGGAGACGACGACGACGACGACGACGCAGAGAAUAACGGUCUCGGCGAAGAGCUUGUCCUCAACGGGCACACGGAUCAGGUGUGCGCGGUUUCUUGGGAGAGCUCGCGUGUGCUUUGGACGGGAUCGUACGAUCACACCAUCCGCGCGUGGGACGUCGAGACCGGCGUGGAGAAGGAGAGCAACCCCACAAAUAGUAGCGUGCACUGCCUGUCGGUAGCCCCAUCGGGGAACGUCUUCGCGUUUGGGGGGUGCGAUCGUUUCGUGAACGUUUGGGACCCACGUGAAUCAACUUCAAAGGCGUGUCUUAAACUCAAAUCUCACGAGGGUUGGGUGUCGUGCUUGCGAUGGAACCCUUCGAACGAAAAUCACAUCGUAAGCACCUCGUACGAUGGGUCCGUGAAGCUGUGGGACAUUCGUGGAAAAGUCCCGCUCCACAGCGUGACGACACACAAUGGGAAGAAUUUUGCGGUAGAUUAUCACGGAGGCGAGAGGCUGGUCAGCGGCGGUGACGAUGGAAACCUACGAUUUUGGAACGUGAGCAGUACGCUCGAUGACUAG